GACCGGAGACGCGUCGCGCGCUUUCAGAACCGGAGCACGAGCCUGCACACGGGCACUAUGAGCGCGUGCCGCCAAACACAAGUCAGUUAACUAACAAACACCGAUAACACGGAGACACCUAGAGCAUAGGAUGGAACCGCACCGCUGUCCACCGACGAGUUCUUCUGAUUUCGGCUCGGGAUUCGGAUUUAUCCAUUGGGCUUUACUCUCUCUCUGAGGACACUGUACACUGUAUUCAUUAUUUAUUCAUCAUUUCUUAGCAGCUGAUGGAUUUCAAUCUCACCUUUUAAAGCACGCGCUGCUGGAUUACUUGCUUUUUAAAAAAAAAAAAAAAAACACAUUGUUUUUUGGGGGAAAUAAUCUCAAGAAGAAAAUGUAUGGAUUUAACCAGCGCUGUUUUUACUUAUCUUUCCACUUCUUCGUGGUCUGGUGUCAUGCACAGGGGGAGAAUGAGCCUUCUCCUGAUUUUAAGCAGCACGUGAGGGAGCAGGGCGCGCAGACGGACGAGCUCAGCCGGCGGCAGGUGCGCGUCUACCAGCUCUACAGCCGCACCAGCGGGCGCCACGUGCAGAUCCAGGGCAAGCGCGUGAGCGCCACCGCGGAGGACGGCAACACUUUCGCCAGGCUGUAUGUGGAGACGGACACGUUUGGCAGUCGAGUUCGGAUCAAAGGAGCCGAGAGUGGACGAUACCUCUGUAUGAACCGGAGAGGAAAGCUGGUUGGCAAGGCCAGCGGCAGAGGAAGGGACUGCAUCUUCACCGAGAUAGUCCUGGAGAACAACUACACCGCCUUCCAGAACGCCAAGUAUGAUGGCUGGUACGUAGCCUUCAGUCGGAAAGGGAGACCCAUCAAAGCUUCUAAAACCAGGGAGAACCAAAGAGAAGUCCACUUCAUCAAGCGGCUCCACAAAGGUCCGCUUCCUUUCCCCAACUCGGACCGAACGAAACACUUCGAGUUCAUCAGCUUCCCUCCGAUGCGUAGAGCCAAACGCAACAGGAAGUUGCACACGGUUUCCUAAGCCGGGCCCCACACACCCACAGGACUGAUUUUUAUUUUUAUUUUUUACAACAAGACAAAAGAGGAAGCUAUAUUUUUGAUAUUUUCAUAGUUAACGGAUAUUAAAAAAUGCCCAAAAAAAAGAGACGACUCGUUAUAAAGGGGUGACUUGUACAUAUGAGAGAUGAUGUAUAUAUUUAAUAAGCUCAGAAUGUUUGUGUGAAUUUUGUGAGCGCUUUGUGAAGCGAGACGCUGAAU